AUGGUCUCCGGCAGCAAACGCGCGAUCCACGAGGUCAGCGGCGACAUCGUCGCGGAUGAAGAUGUUCCUCUGCUGCACCGCAUCCGCAACAUGUGGCAGUUCGCCAACCUCUGCCAGUGGAUCUACCUUUUCGGUAAGGUCGUUAAGUUGGACGACCGGCUCGAUACCGAAGAAAUCGAGGCCGAAUGUCUGAAGCCCAACUCGCUCGUGCCUCAAGAAAUUGGACUGGCUCUCCUCAAGAAUGUUUCAUCUCAUCGUGGUCUUACCCACGAGAUCUUUGACGAGUACACAAGGAGGCAGUACAUGGCUAAGGCUCCCGAGAAGAACCCCUUUGGUACACAGGAAAUACCGGCCAAGUUCGCAGAAUUUGAUGCGUUGACAAAGAUUCGAGUACUGCAACAACUCACACAAUGGGUGAUGCGCCAUCCUGAUCGGUUGCGGGAAAAGAUGGGAGAGCCCAAAGACGUUGAACAGACCAACUGGAGAAUUGAGCCAAUUGGCUGGGAUGCUGAUGACAGGACCUACUACGUGCUCGAUGACAAUAGAGUCUACCGAAUGACUGACGCGCCACCUCCAACACCGCCCAAGAAGAAAACGAAAACCGCAAGACAAGGCCGUAGGGCCAGCAAGAGACGCAGGACCAUUACAAGCGUGGAGGCCGACGACACAGAUGACCCGAUUGAAGCGCCGAAUAGAGUAUCAGAAGGACUAGGUCGCCAGGACGAAGACUUUGGAGGCAUGCUGUGGGAAUGCGUCGCCAUCACGCUCGACGACGUACGUGGACUGAUUGCUUCUUUCACCAAGACUCGAGACGAGAAUGAAAAGGUGCUCAAAUCUCAACUGGAAGAGCAUCUUCUUCCCAUUCUUGAGAAGCAGGAAGAAUCGAGGAAACGCAAGGCUCUCCAGCGAGAGAGGGAGCUCAUCAACCUAUCGAAGAUGGUCAAUGCGAAGCGGUCAAGCCGCCUCGCCAAUAAGCACGAACAGCAGCUCGCCGAAGAGCAAGCCCGCGAAGAAGAACAGCAUCGAGCGGUAGAAGAAGCCGCUGCUCGGAAAGCGGAGCUGAAACAGAUCAAACUGGAGGCGGAACGCAACAGGCGACUGGCUUCCCGGGAGAAUCGCCUCAAAGACCGCGAAGCACGUCGCCUCAAGCACGAAGACGAGCUCUCCAACCUCUCGGAAGAUAGCCGCAGUGCUAGAGCCGCAGAGAAGAAGAAGCCUGCUCUCGACUUGUUUGACAGCAAGGCUGAACUCGGUACCAGGGCAGUCACUGAUAAAGACCUAGACGAAUCAAGGACACCUUCUGAUCUCGAGGCACUCGUUCACGUUGAGCCCGAGCCAGUACCUGUCACCCCGGGCAUGACGAAAUCAGACGGCCUUCCGGCGACGAGCUUCCCGCCGCUCAACCAUGCACCAGUCAACGAAACCCCAAUGCUACGGGGCUCGACAACCAGGAAGGCAAACGUGUAG